ACUCUGCACUGUUCGCUUCAUUGCGCACGAAGGAAAAAUGUGUCCUUCCUGAGUAAAUGUGGUUGAUCUGACCGGCUAUAGUGGCAUUCAGUCUUUGCAUCUGUAUGCGAUAUCUGUCUUGGAACUGAUGACGUCCGGAUGCCGGAGGUGUACAGGGAAAAGCUUUUUCGGUGAGUUAUAACUGGCUUUCCAUAGCAAUGCGUGAAUCUCUCUACCCCUCCCCCUCCUAUGAUGACACCUUUAAAGCAAGUCUAGACAAAUGGCACCUUGAUUUCUAGCUGUUUGUCGAUGAUGGCGCUUUUAAUAGACUACAACGGUAUCUGAGGAACAAUACAUGAAUAGAACAGUUCUAUCGCCUACACCAAUAAUGGCCUGUUGACAAUGCCAUCUCAAAAUACUACAGUAACAAUAUCCGAGUCCUUGCCAGCAGCGCCGGAUGGCCACGCUGAGCCGGGACGGGAUGAAAAACCUCGUCCACCUCGGGCUCGUCCGCAGCGGCCUAAUUACGGACAUAUUCACCGCUUUCCUCUCCCUCUAGAAGUCCAUCCUCUACCGCCUCUUAUUCCUCAUAAUCCCCUCUCUAUUAUAAGCGUGGUCCUCUCGUAUCUCACCUACCUUAUAUCUCCCCCUCAUCAUGCCGUAUAUCCUGCGUACUUCGACUCAGCCACAUCGUCAGUCCAUGUCACUGACGAGAAAGCAAUACGAGCAUUGUGGGAGAUGGGCUUCUUUGGAAGAGGUAGUCUGAGUAGAAGUGAACCCAGCUGGCUGGAGCGCGAAAAGAAGCGGAGGGGAUUACUGGGCGACAACACCAGUGAAGAGGCAACGGGUAAGAGGAGGGUUGAAAGACGUGAAUUCAAACUGGAGCGAGCGCGAAAAGAAAGGGAAGCUAUAGCUGAACGGCUAAAGCAGGAGGCGGCCGCCAGGCAAGGCAUCGCUUCUUCGCCUGAUGCAGCACAUCCGCUCUCUCUCGACGGUGUCAAUGGUUCUACUUCGGCUGCAGAGAAGUUCUCUGUCAACCAGGCCAAGAAGUCCAGGGCUGCUAAUCCGAGCCAACCUGCUGCAGAGGAAGUGAAGGAUGGCACGGCCGACAAGGCUGAGAAUGUUAGCGGAAAGACAGAGAACGGGGCGAAGACUGUCCGUUUCUCUCCAGUCGUCGAGCAAAAGGAGUUCGUUGUGGAUUCUCAAGUCUCUACUCGUCUUCGCGAGCCAGAAAUGGGUAUCCGCGAGGAAGACGAGGAGGAGCUGUUGAGAAAUGAAGAGCAUUUGCAGCUUUCAAACGAGGAGACUUUUUUCCUUGUAUAUGGCCUGGGAGUGCUUCAAGUAUUUGACGAGCAGAAGUCAGUCAUGUCGGCGGGUUCCCUUCUAACGCUGUUUCGCCGUCACUCGUAUUUCCCGCCUAGGGAUCCUUCCACUGUCCUUGAACCCGACGACCCAUUCAUGCUUUCCUACGUGGUGUACCAUCAUUACCGUUCCCUGGGCUGGGUUGUGCGUUCCGGUGUGAAAUUUGGGGUUGACUACCUCCUCUACAACCGCGGCCCAGUUUUCUCCCAUGCAGAAUUCGCUCUGGUCAUCUUGCCUUCCUAUGGAAACCGCUAUUGGUCGGAAACAGAAUCAAGGAGAGACUAUAUCUCCAGGAAGCAGGCCCGCAGCUGGUGGUGGCUACAUUGCGUAAAUCGCGUCCAGGCUCAAGUUAAAAAAAGUCUGGUGCUUUGUUAUGUGGACAUUCCACCGCCGCAAAGCCAUCAUGAUGACAUUGGAAACCAUCUUCGACGCUACAAGAUUCGGGACUUCGCUCUUAAGCGUUGGGUCCCUAACCGGAGUCGUGAUUGAUAAAGCGACUCAUUAUACUAUGAUAGGCGGACUAGACGUCAGGCCAUUGAAAAUCUCCAUUAGCAGAUACCAUGUACUAUUAUAUGACACGCAGUGUAAAUGAAUGACCGUAAUGACUUGAAUGCCCUAUAUCUUGUGUUGUUGUAUGUACAUACAAACAUAAUAGCCUAGUAAAUGCCUCUAAUCUCAUUACCUGCUGGAGUCAUGAUGGUGCAGGAUUCUUCAUUAACUGCAUCGAUAAAAUAACCGUCAUUGCCCGUCCUAGGCGAAGCG